UUCAACUCUCCGCCAAACAAGAGCGAACAUGGAGGUUGAUUUCGGGGACAGUGAGCUGUUCGAGCAGCUAGAUGCAGACCCACCGAUUCCUAAACACAUUAGGUUUACAGACGAUGAAGAGGAAGCGCCGGGUGUUCUCUGUGAGCUCCGCGAAAGAUUAGAGGAGUGCGAGGAGACUGUAGACCGUCUGAAAGCGGAGAAUGAGGAGCUGAGGAGAAAGUUAAAGUUUUUGAGUCGGCCUACAGGUAUCAUUGUUGUAAAUUCAAAAGUUGACGGACCCCUCUGCCAAAUUCUUUUUGGAAACAACAGCAUCUCAAAGGAGCAUCGACAAGAAAUUGAAGAUUACAUCUUUAGUCUCUUUGAGAAACACCAGCAAGAACAGAACAAUGACAAACAGGGCUCUGCUUUACAGGUCAACCCACAGAACUCAAGUUUUGUCAUGGAGGAGAUCCAGAAAACAAAUGGUUCUUCAACUGGAAAACAGAUUAAAGACGCUUUUACUAUGGUGGGGAGUGUGUUAUACUUCACCAGCUUCUGCCUUGAUAAACUGGGCCAGCCUCUUCUCAAUGAAAACCCUCAGCUGACAGAAGGAUGGGAGAUACCCAAGUUUCAGCAAGUUUUUGGGCAGGUAGUUGGUUUAGAGGGGCAAGAGAUGCAGAUAAAGGAGAAAAGGCCUAAACCGUGCUGUUUUAACUGUGGUGGUGAGGACCAUCAAUUGCGAGACUGUCCAAAGCCCAAAGACAUGGCACGCAUCAGUGAGAAGAGAAAGGAGUUUGCGCAGGGCAACUAUCAGAGUAACCAGCGCUACCAUGAAGAGGAGGUGGAGGAGAGGUUUGCCAAGUACAAGCCAGGAGUAGUGAGUAAGGAGCUCCUGGACGCCCUUGGCAUUGUUACUAACACGCUUCCACCAUUCAUUUAUCGGAUGAGGGAACUGGGCUACCCGCCAGGCUGGCUAAAGGAAGCAGAGAUGGAGCACUCAGGCCUGACACUCUACGACGGUAAAACAUCAGGUGAUGGCGAGGAAGACAUCAAUGGCCGUAACCAAAAAAUAUCCUAUGAUGUCUCUAAGCUAGUGGAUUUCCCUGGUUUCAAUGUUUCUGCACCUUCCAACAUUAGGGAUGAUUACAGGUCUUUUGGUUCCAUCCCAAUGCAGCCUCAACACUGGAAGCAAACUUUUGCUGCUCAUUUGUCUAAUAUGUAUCCAGCGCCUGGGUCCAAAUGCAGCAAAAGGUGUCAUGAGCCAGAAUCAACUCCACAGCACACAAAGAAGCGGAGGUCUAAUUCUGAUGUCCACAGGAGCUCAGACAUGGACACGGAUUCAGAUCAGGACACUCCUGUGCACACCCGGUCCGAUGGUUUCCAGUUUCAGCCACCGCUUCCCCCUAGCUCUCCACUCAUUAGUACACCCCCUCCUUUACCCCUGGGAACGCCUCCUGCCACACCCACACCACCCCCACUUCCUAAAGGCACUCCUCCUCCAACACCUCCCACAAACGCCUCUCCGUUUCUGCAGGGUAAAGGUGGAGCUGGAGGGGAGGAGUCUGAGGAUGGGCUGACUUUAGAGGAGCUGGAAGAGCAGCAGAGGCUGCUUUGGGCAGCACUUGAAAGCGCCGAUAAUGCUAAUAGUGACUCUGAGACUGGCUUGGGCUCAUCCAGUGUCUCUCCAUCAGUUAGGCCAGACGCUGACAUGGAGGAGGGUGAAGAAGGGGAAGUGAAGAUGGAAAAAACUGUGAGCCAUGUUUGUGAGCCUCUAAGCACACCUGCCUCACCUGAUGAACCACAGGUAACUGAUGUUAAAGAAGAUAAAACCAACAGUGGCGAGGUAAGGGACAGUCUUAAUGAAGACAAGAGUGACACAGGGAUGGAGUCUCAGGAUGAGCUCAUAGUUCUGGAUGAGAUUUCUCAGGAAAACGAUCGUGACCCUGAAGAGAAUAAAUUAGCUGAGGUUACCGAAGAAACCAACUUGCAGGCAUUGGAUAACAAAGGAACUGAGGACAAUGAGGAACCCCCUGUAUCAAAAGUUACAUCCGUUCCACACCGAAGUAAGUUUGCUGAGGGUAUAAUUCCAUUUGAAGACACACCGGAGUUCACAGAGGUCGCCGAGGCAACCGGGGUUUAUCUCAGGAUCCGAGAGUUGCUGAAAGAAUCCCCUCGAAAUCAGGCAAAAAACAAGAAGUAGACUUUGAUUAUCUCUAUGGAUAAGUAGGGUCUGUAUGUCUGUAGGAAUUGAACCACAGGAAUUGUUGGGAACAGUGUUUCAACAUUAUUGGUGUCUGAAUUUUCCCCAUCGU